CCCAGCUCCCAGAGCCCCCGGGAGAUGAGGGGCCGGGGCCAGCCCGGACCACCGGCAGAGGGACCGCAGAGGAUGCUGCAGGUGGAUGCCAGGAGCCAGGGCUCAGGGAAGUCUCCCUCAGCAUCACCGGACCGGGGCAGCACCCCUACCUCUCCCUACUCGCUCCCGCAGAUCGCUCCCCUCCCCAGCAGCACGCUCUGCCCCAUAUGCAAGACGACGGAGCUCACCUCCUCCCCCGGCCAGCCGAACUUCAAUGCCUGCACCCAGUGUCACAGCAAAGUCUGCAACCAGUGCGGCUUCAACCCCAACCCACACCUCACCCAGGUGAAGGAAUGGUUGUGCUUGAACUGCCAGAUGCAGCGGGCGCUGGGGAUGGACAUGACCACCGCUCCUCGCUCCAAGAGUCAGCAGCAGCUGCACUCUCCUUCGCCAUCCCCCUCCCACUCCCCGGCCAAGCACCCGCAGCCCCCAGGUGUGGAUAAGUCCCCGCCGGCCACCCGCACCCUGCCGCCUGAGCCACCCAAACCUCAGCCCACGACGCCGCAGAGGGAACCGCACGGCCCAGGCCAGCCAAAACCUCAGGAGGCGGCCAGGUCCUCCCCACAGCAUCAGCAAGCCAAGCCUUCCUCCUCUGAGCAGAGAAAGACGACGGGAGACGCGGGGGCGAAGCCUGCUGUCCUGGCCCCUGGGGCUGGACCACAGGAGCAGCCCCAGGAGGGGCUCACAGGGAAGCUCUUCGGCUUCGGAGCAUCCCUCCUGACCCAGGCGAGCACGCUCAUGUCCGCCCAGCCAGAGGCGCCCCCUCCAAGCCAGCCGUCUCCUGGCAAAGUGCCUCCAAAAAUCGUCUUCAGCGAUGCCAGCAAAGAAGCUGGUCCCAAAGCCCCGGGGGCACAGGGCCGGGCUGGUGCCGCACCGGCCGUGAAGCCGGGCAAGCCAGAGCAGGGUGUCAAGCCAAAGGAAGUGCCGAAAGCAAAGGUCUCAUGCCCCCUCUGCAAGGCGGAGAUCAACGUGGGCUCUGGCGAGCCCCCCAACUACAACACCUGCACAACCUGCCAGCAGCAGGUCUGCAACAUGUGUGGCUUCAACCCCACGCCUCACCUGGUGGAGAAGAACGAAUGGCUGUGCUUGAACUGCCAAACUCAGCGGCUGCUUGAAGGCAGCCUCGGCGACCCUGCCCCGAUGCCGCUGCCUGCCCCAAAGCAACCGCCCAGCGGCUCCCCACGGCACCAGCCGCCAGCCACCGGCCAGCAGCAGAGACCGCCUGCACCAGUGCCCGCCGAGCCGGCGGCACCCCCCGAGCGGCAGCCCUCACCCGCGAAGAGCCUCCAGGCUGCCGAGCAGAGCAGGACCCCGAGCCCUGCCCCAGCAGAGAAGAAGCCCCCGGUGCCGACAGAGGAAAAGCUGCUGCCCAAAGCUGCCCCAGAGCCUUCCAGAGCUCCUGAGAGCGCCGCGCCGAAGGGGAAGAGCGUGACCCCCAAACCAGAGGUGGAGAGCAAGGAGAGCCGGGCACCCUCCGAGGCACCGCGGGCGAAGGAGCAGGAGGAUGGGAGCAAGCCUUACCCCCCGGACCUGUCCCGCAGCCCCCAGAGCCUGAGCGACACCGGCUACUCCUCCGACGGCAUCUCCAGCUCACAGAGCGAGAUCACCGGCCUGGUGCAGCAGGAGGAGGAGAAGCUGAGCGGCACUGGGCUGGCCGGGCAGAGCCCCCCCAGCCCCUCAGAGCUCACCAAGCUGGAGAGCAGCAUGCGGCCCCUCCUGGAAGGCCGGAGCGCCCCGCCGGAGCCCGCCGAGCGCGGCAAAGGCUGCCCAGAGCCGCGGGAGGAGCAGCGGCAGCGGCAGCGGCCACGGUACCUCUCCAUCACCCCCGAAGCCUUCGACUCGGACGAGGAGCUGGAGGACAUCCUGGAGGAGGAUGAGGACUCACUGGAGUGGGAGAACCAGCGGGAGCGGCGGGAGAGCGCGGAGUCCUCGGAUGAGUUUGGCAGCAAGCUGCGGCACGACUAUGUGGAGGAUAGCAGCGAGGGGGGCUUCUCCCCAGUGCCCCCCCGGCCCAAGGGCCGAGAGGCGGAGGUGAGCGACGAGGAGUUCAUGCGGAGGCAGAUCCUGGAGAUGAGCGCGGAGGAGGACAACCUGGAGGAGGAGGAAGAGGAGGACGAGGAAGGCUACAGGCGCCCCAAGUACGGCGUCCCCAAAGCCGGGCAGAAGGCCGAGGUGGAGAAGGGCAAAGAGCCAGCGUCAGCCAAGCGGCGCCUGCAGCAUGGUCCUGGCAGCCUGUACAAGGAGGAGAGGAAGGACCUGGAGGCUGGGGAGGGUGACGACUUGAGCACGGCCCAGGGCGGGCUGCGGCGCUUCAAGACCAUCGAGCUGAACAGCACAACCGGCUACGGCCGGGAGAUGGAGAUGGGCCAGGAGGCGGACACCAGCCUGGACCGGGAGCCCGAGCUGGAGAUGGAGAGCCUGACGGGCUCCCCCGAGGAGCGCUCCCGGGGCGAGUACUCCUCCACCCUGCCGGCCACAACGCCCAGCUACACCUCAGGCACCUCACCCACAUCCAUCUCAUCCCUGGAGGAGGACAGCGACAGCAGCCCCAGCCGCCGGCAGCGGCUGGAGGAGGUGAAGCAGCAGAGGAAGGCUCGCCACCGCUCACACGGCCCCUUGCUGCCCACCAUCGAGGACUCAUCCGAGGAGGAGGAGCUGCGGGAGGAAGAGGAGCUGCUGCGGGAGCAGGAGAAGAUGCGGGAGGUGGAGCAGCAGCGCAUCCGGAGCACGGCACGCAAGACCAAGCGUGACAAGGAGGAGCUGAGGGCCCAGCGGAGGAGGGAACGCUCCAAAACCCCCCCUAGCAACCUCUCUCCCAUCGAGGACGCCUCCCCCACGGAGGAGCUGCGGCAGGCAGCGGAGAUGGAGGAGCUGCACCGCUCCUCCUGCUCUGAGUACUCGCCCUCCAUUGACUCGGAGGCUGAGAGCUUUGACACCGUGACCUCCAAGCUGUACAAGUCAGGCAGUGAGUACAACCUGCCCACCUUCAUGUCCCUGUACUCCCCGACGGAGAAGGGGGAGAGUGGCCCCAGCCAGCCCGCCAGCAAGCCCCUCAAGAGUGCUGAGGAAGCCUACGAGGAGAUGAUGAGGAAGGCGGAGAUGAUGCAGAAGCAGCAGGUCCAGCAGGUCCAGCAGGCCCAGCCGGCCGUUUCCUACAGCGGCACCUACCAGCAGGUCAGCUACCGCAGCACCGAGGGUCAGAACGGCUUUGAGUACCAGUAUGCUGAGGAGUACCGGUAUGACGGCGGCCCUGCGCACCCCUCCCAGCCCGGCUACCCAGGCACCCUGCCGAAGGCAGGAGCAGUGUACGAGGAGAUACUGCAGACCUCACAGAGCAUCUCCAGGAUGCACCAGUCCUCCUCCUUCGACCUGGCCCUCGAGCAGGGAGAGAAGGCAAAGGGGCAGGAGGAGGUAUACCAGGAGAAGCGCUUCCUCAAUGCUGAGAGCGCCUACGCCGACCUGAUGAAGCAGAACGGCGGUCCGCUCACCCCUGGCACCAGCCCCACGCAGCUCUCCGCUCCUGUCUCCUUUGCUGCCUCUGACAGCAGCACGGGCAAGGCCAUUCCCGACGUCCGGGUCACCCAGCAUUUUGCGAAAGAGGGGCAAGACCUAGCCAAGCUCCAGAGCACCCCGGCAGCGCCCAGCCCGGUGUCCAAGGCCGCCACCACUCCUUACGCCUACAGCAAAAGUGCCAGCAUGGUGACCACAGCUGCGGGCGGCCCCGGGAGCGCGCCGCGGAGCUACAGCUCCCCGGCUCCAGAGGCCCCAUCCGUAGCCGGCAGAAGCUACAGUCCGGUGAAAAGCACCGUCAGCUACGGCUCGCAGACAGAGGACACUGGCAGAAGCAAGGCGGCGGUGGAGAUCAGCGUGCAGACGGCCAGGGAGAAGCUCCCGGCUGCGAGCGACGGCAAGCCCCCGCCACCCAAGACGUACCCCUUCUUCAAGAGCUCCAGCCCUCCGCUCUCGCCCACCUCCCCCACACAGAGUCCCACCCACACCGCAAAGGCCACAGCAGAGUUUUCCACGCAGACGCAGAGCCCCUUCCUCCCCUACGAGAGUCCCACUGCCACCGCUGCCGGCCCUGCCGCCUCUUCCCCCAUGGUGGCACAGGGGACGCAGACGCCGCACCGGGCGGGCUCGCCGCGCCUGGCCCGGCAGCCCUCCUCUCAGGAUGCCCCCUUUAUGCUGAUCACGCUGGCGGCUGACGCGGCCAGCCAAACCAAGCCAGCCAGCUCCGGCUCCUUGACAUCCCCCACCUCGUCCCCCACCAGGCCGAGCCGGCAGCUGCCAGCACACGGCUACAGCCAGGCGCCGGAGCCAGAGCAGCCGCUGGGUGCCUAUGUCAGGGCACAGCCGGUGAAGGAGCACGCCCAGAAGGCACCCGCCGUGACUUCAGCCGCCGACGGCAUCACGGGGCUGUACAGUUGGGGAGCGCUCCCUGCGGAAAACAUAUCCCUCUGCCGCAUCUCCUCCAUCCCCGGCACGUCCCGGGUCGAGCCAGGGCCCAAGGCACCGAGCACUAACGCCGUGGACUUACGGACUGCGCUGAAGUCCGCACCCAUCAUCAUAACAGACCAAGGCAUGGACCUCACCUCCUUGGCCACCGAGGCCAGGAAGUACUGCCUGACCUUGGACCACAUCCCAAGCCGGCAGUCCACAGCCAUCCAGCCCUUGAUCAUCAACCUCAACGCCCAGGAGCAGCCCCAUGCCAUCAUCGCGGCAGCCAGCACCGCCGGCCUGGCCAUCGCCUCCCCCAUGCUCCUCUCGCAGCCCAAGCAGCCCGUGGUCUAUGGAGACCCUUUCCAGAGCAGGGUGGACUUUGGGCAGGGGACUGGGAGCCCGGUGUGCUUGGCGCAGGUGAAGCAGGUGGAGCAGGGUGUCCAGACGGCCGCUGUCAGAGCCAGCGGGGCAGCCGGCGGCAAGCCCGAGCCCGCCGCUGCCUCCCAGACUAAAUUUGCAAGGUACGGCGUGCCGGGCCAGAUGGUGAAGAAGGACGUGCUCAUCACGCAGACCGGUGGGGCACAGAGCGUCGGUGGCCUCCCGCAGCCCUUCCCACCGGAGCCAGGCUCAGAGCUGUACCGGGCAGUGCCAGUGGAGCUGAAAAGCCAGAGCCCUCUCCUUGCCCUGGGCAGCAAGAAGUCCCAGGUGAUGAUGGUGCAGAUGGAGGAGGCAGCAGCCAGCCCGGUGACCAAAGUGCUGAAGGAGGAGCCGGCGGCCAAUGUGCUGGACCUCACGGGCGUGAAGCCAGAGAGCCAGGUGGCCUGCUGUGACGUGGUCUACAAGUUCCCCUUUGGCAGCAGCUGCACUGGCGCUUUCAACCCCACCUCCAAGAUGCCAGAGAAGAAAGCCGGGGAGGUAGUGGCACCCAGCCGAAAAGCCAGCGGGCCCCUCUACGGCAGCAGAGAGCCGGAGCUGCCGGAGACCUUCCCCUACCGAGAGCAGCCUGCCCCGGCGCCUGUGCUCUACGAGGAGCAGAAGUUUUACCCCGCCGGCACCUUUGGCCGCCUCUACUCCUCCAUGUCGGACACAAACCUCUCUGAAAUUGGGAUGAACUACUACCCCACAAAGGGGGAUCAGCCCUUCCCCUCCCCGGCAGGCGAUGCCGCCGUGGACCUCAGCACCAUGAAGCACUCCUACAGCGUGGGCUUCGCCGAGGGGGGUUACCUGGGCCAGGGGCUACAGUACGGCUCCUUCUCCGACCUCCGCCAGCCAGCAGAGCUGCUGGGCCACCCACUCCCCAUGCGGAGGUACAGCUCAGCCUCCAACAUCUACUCCGACUACCGCUUCUCGCCCCGGGGGGACCUGGCCAGCUUCCAGGAGUCCAGCCUGGCCCACUACAGUGCCACCACGGCCCGCGAGAUCAGCCGCAUGUGCGCCGCCCUCAACUCCAUGGACCAGUACGGGGGCCGGCACGCCAACGGCCCCGACCUGCUGCCCUAUGGUCCCGGUGCCGGGCCGGGGGGCACGGGGGGGCUAGCAGCUCAGCAGCAGGGUCCCGCGCCCCCCAAACCCGGCGGGAUGUACAACCCCACCUUCCCCGAGGGGCGGCAGGGCUUCGGCAGCCUGGCGCAGUACAACAUCCCCGGCGUCCGCCUGGGCGCCGUCCGGCAGAUGUUCCCUUCCACCGCCACCGUGCGGGCCGCUGACGGCAUGAUCUACUCCACCAUCAACACGCCCAUCGCCUCCACGCUGCCCAUCACCACCCAGCCCGCCUCGGUGCUGCGGCCCAUGUUUCGCGGGCUGUACAGACCCUAUGGCCCGGGCGGCGUGGCGGCGGUCCCACUGGCCAGCCUGGCCAGGCUGCCAGUCGUCACGCCACGUGUCCCGCUGGCGGCACAGGGCCUCUACCGCUACCCGGCCCCCAGCCGGCCGGCCCCGGCCGCCUCGCUGAUGGAGACGCCCGUCUACCUGGGCAAGCCCGUCAGCACGGCACCACCGGCGGCAGGUGCCGGUCCAGCUCCCAAAGCCCCCGCCGCCCCCACGGCUGGCUUGCAGAGAGCGGAGCCGGCAGGGGCUGCUCCCCGUGCCGAGGGGCCAGCGGCCCCGGUGGCCGGCAAGGACAGCGGGCAGGCGGCCGCAGCGGCCAAGCCACCGCUGGACGGGGCUCAGCGGGAGGAGCGGGAGCGGGAGGAGGAACGGCAGCGCAAGCAGCAGGAGCACGUGCUGCAGCUGGAGCGGGAGCGCGUGGAGUUGGAGAAGCUGCGGCAGCUGCGGCUGCAGGAGGAGCUGGAGCGGGAGCGCGCGGAGCUGCAGCGGCACCGGGAGAAGGAGCAGCUGCUGGUGCAGCGGGAGCUGCAGGAGCUGCAGUGCAUCAAGCAGCAGGUGCUGCAGCAGCAGCAGGAGGAGCGGCACGCGCAGCUGGCGCUGCAGCGGGAGCAGCUCGCCCAGCAGCGCCUCCAGCUCGAGGGGCCCGCCGGCCCCCGCUACCCCGCACCGCAGCGGCCGCUCAGCAGCUCGGCCUCGGACAUGUCGCUGCAAGCCGAGGAGCCCUGGGAGCCUGGCCGGGGCAUCAAGAAGAGGAACUCGAUGCCGCGGCUGCGGGACGCCUACGAGAAGGAGGCGGCGCGGGAGGCCUUCGCGGCGAGGAAGACGGCGGACAGCAGCGUGCAGACGGACGAGGAGGACGGCGAGGAGCGGUACCUGCUUUCGCGGCGGCGGCGGGCGCGGCGCAGUGCCGACUGCAGCGUGCAGACGGACGAGGAGGACAGCGGGGAGUGGGAGCAGCCCGUGCGCCGCCGGCGCUCCCGGCCCUCGCGGCAUGCCGAGGCCGGCGCCGAGGGCAAGCCGGAGGGGACGGCCCGCGGCACGGCCAGCGUGGGCAUCCAGACCAUCAGCGACUGCUCGGUGCAGACGGAGCCUGACCAGCUCAUCCGCGUCUCCCCCUCCAUCCACAUCACCACCCACGAUCCCCGGGUGGAGAUCGUGAAGUACAUCUCGGCCCCGGAGAAGACGCAGCGGGGCGAGAGCCUGGCCUGCCAGACAGAGCCGGAGCCAGCCCCCCAGCCUGGCGUUGUGGUCCCCCAGCUGACAGUGCCCACCACCAUCCCACCCUACUCCACCAACAUCCAGAUGGUGAGCACGGGCCCCCUGGACCCCCACGCUGUCCGGCAGCAGACCCUGGGCAAAUUCGAGAAGAAAAAGCCAGAUCCCCUGGAAAUCGGCUACCAGUCCCAUCUGCCGGCCGAGUCCCUCUCCCAGCUGGUGACCCGCCAGCCGCCCCGCUCUCCCCAGGUCCUCUACUCACCCGUCUCCCCCCUGUCCCCCCACCGCCUCCUCGAGUCCUCCUUCGCCACCAGCGAGCGGCUGAACAAGGCUCACGUCCCCCCACAGAAGCACUUCGCCGACUCGGCCCAGCGCCAGCAGACGCUGCCGCGGCCCAUCAAGACCAUGCAGCGCUCCCUCUCCGACCCCAAGCCCAUCAGCCCCACCGCCGAGGAGGCCGGCAAGGACAGGUUCUCCCUCUACCAGCACCCACUGCUCCCCGGCACCCAGGUCGGGGGGCUGCAGUCGAGCCCGCUGGCGCGCAAGGUGAAGCGGACGCUGCCCAGCCCGCCGCCCGAGGAGCCCCACGUCCCCCUGGCCAGCCCGGCCACCCCCCAGCUCUACCUGAGCAGCCUGGCCCCCAAGGCCACCGCACCGGUCACCAAGGCCAGCCUGCUGAAGGAGCUGGAUCGUGACCUGAGGCUGGUGGAGCACGAGGCCACCAAGCUGCGGAAGAAGCAAGCGGAGCUGGACGAGGAGGAGAAGGAGAUCGAUGCCAAGCUGAAGUACCUGGAGCUGGGCAUCACCCAGCGCAAGGAGUCACUGCUGAAGGAGCGGGGGGGCGGGCGGGACCACCCCUACCUGCGCUGCGCCGGGGACCGCCGUGACUACCUGUCCGACAGCGAGCUGCACAGCCUGCACCUCGCUGCCUACGACGGUGCCAGCCUGCGCCCCACGCCCGCGGGGCAGUACCCUGACUUCACCGCCACCGCCGCCUCCUAUGGCACCUACCCAUACCCCGCCCCGCAGGGCCCCACCGCAUUCCCACCAGCGCGCCUGCAGCCCCCCCAGUACCCUGCAGCCAGCACCUCGCAGGACGGCUUGCCGGCAGCCCCGCUGCCCGCCUUCGCCUCGCCCGGCGCCUUCCCGGCCCCUGGUGCCACAUACCCGGAGCUGGGCACCCCAGGCCAGCCGGGCUUCCGGCCCCAAAACCCCUACCAAGCUCCGAGCGCCUUUGCUGGGGCGGCCGCUGUGCCGGUAGCACAGCCUGCCCUCUUCCAGAGCCCGGCGGACAUAGCCGGUGGGCACCAGAAGCCACGGCAGACCUCGCUGGCUGACCUGGAGCAGAAGAUCCCCACCAACUACGAGGUCAUUGGUGCGGCCACCAGCUCCUCUGCCAUUCCCGAUGUCGCCUUCAGCACCACGCCGGCGAGCGGCAGCUAUGAGCAGUACAAGGCACCUGAGGCCCGGCCAGCCGAGAGAGCCAGCGCGGUGCAGGGCCCCUCGGCCAGCUUCUCUUCCGAGUCCCUCUACACCAGCCUGGAGCAGAACAUCCCCCGUAACUAUGUGAUGAUCGAGGACAUCAGCGAGCUCACCAAGGAAAGCCCUGCGGUGGAGGGGCAGAAAGCAGAGCCGGCGGGCACGGGCACUGACAGCCGCCACAGCAGAGAGAAGAGCGAGCUGGGGGACGCCGAGGGCUCCAGCCGGCCCUGCUGCUACACCAAAGCUGAGGAGGAGUCCGAGGAGGAUGUCUACGACCACCAUGGCCCUGACCAUCGAGGGAAGAACAGCUACCACCGGGGUGCAGAGAGCAAUGGCAGGGUGUUGGGGAGCUCCACCAGCUCGUCCUACUACUACGGGGACAGCGAGUACCGGCACUCCUCGCGAGUGGACAAGCACGGCUCUGGCGCGGCACUACCGAAGCAUUCGUCCAAGAACCUGGCGCCCGCCGUCGUCUCCUCGAAGCGCAGCAAGCACAGGAAGCAGGGCAUGGAGCAGAAGAUCUCUAAGUUCUCCCCCAUUGAAGAAGCCAAAGAUGUGGAGUCGGACCUGGCCUCCUACGCAGCGACAACCUCGGUCGGCAGCAGCAACGUGGCCUCGAGGGCCAAGAAGCUGCAGGAGGAGAUCACCUACGGCCUGAAGAAGAACGUCUAUGAGCAGCAGAAGUACUACGGCGUCUCCAGCCGGGAUCUGGUGGACGAAGAGGAGCGGGUCUACUCUGCCGGCAGCAGAACCCGCUCCUCCGGCUACGGGGUGGAAAAGUCCUCCAGCCGGGAGGCGGGUGGACGGAGCAAGUCCUACGAGCGGGAGGGUGCGGAGCGCUCCCAGAAAGGCAGCUCCAAGCCGUCAUCCCUCAGCAUGAGCCAGAGCCGUGGGCGGGCGCCCAUCCGCACGCAGCCCUCAGAGGAGGAGAGCCCCGUCAGCCCCCUGGGGAAGGCAGUGGGGGGGUCACGUGUCACGGGGGGGCCCGGCCCCCAGUCGGCGGGGGACCCCUGCUCCCAGUUCUGCUCCAGCCACUCAUUGCCUGAUGUGCAAAAGCACAUCAAAGACGUGCCAAGGAGUCACUCGUACAAGCACGAGGAGGGCUACGGCAUGGACGAUGCCCAUUGCGUUGUCUCGGACAGCGAAGCCUAUCAUUUGGGUCAGGAGGAGACAGACUGGUUUGAUAAGCCCAGGGAGGCACGGGCGGAGAGGGUCAGGCACUACGGUGGCCACUCUUCCUCGCAGAAGAGACCCGCGGUUAAGCACACCUACCACGACUACGAUGAGCCCCCUGACGAGGACCUGUGGCAGCACGAUGACUACCCCCAGCACCGCGAGCACCGGCACCACGGGGAGUACGGGCGCCACACCGGCACCUCCCGGCACACCAGCGACGAGCCCCCCCGCCGCUCGGCCAAGCAGCACCCACGAGAGCCCAGCCGCCACGAGCCCCGCGGCCACGGGCCGUCGGCCGCCCCCAAGAAGGUGCAGCAGCCUGAGCCCCGCACGCCUGCAACCUACGGCCCCGGCUCUGCCGAGUACGCCCCGCCAUCCCGCCCUGCCGCUCACCACCACGGCGCUGAGACCCCCAAGGCACAGAAGCCUCCCCAGCCACACGGGUUGGCCACCCCAGCACCGAAGCCAGAGCCCCUUGCGCAUCCACAGCAGCCAGCGGCAAGGCAGCAGCAGGCAGGGCAGCAGGCGGCGCGGCAGCAGCCAGCGGGGCGGGAGGGGGCGGCCACGCCAAAAGCGGAGCAGACAGAUGCAUCCAAACCUGCAGCGAAAGUGCCACAGCAGCCAGGGAGAGUGCCUGCAGCGCAGCCCCUGGGAGCAGCAGCAGACAGCAAGGCCGGUCCAAGGGCAGCCGGGCCACGUGGUCCUGCCGGCACAGCCACGGGGCAGCCCGGGGGGGAAGGAGAGAGCGUUUUCUCCAAAAUCCUGCCGGGGGGGGCAGCAGAACAAGCUGGCAAACUGACUGAAGCGGUGUCGGCUUUUGGCAAGAAGUUCACUUCGUUCUGGAGUUUGGGAAACGAGUGGAGAUUGAGUCGUUGCAGUGGAAAAACCUAUGAAGAAGCCAGUGAAUUCAGCACGCGGCGCCAGACUCUGAGUAUAACGGGUGAGAAGGACACAGUGCAGUCCCGUCCCCUUCCCACUGGCCCACUCGUCCCCGUCUUCAUCCCCAAGCGCCGGCCCCAAGCCAAGGGCGAUCCCUGGAUGCUGGACCAAACGGCGGCCGAGCGGGGGCCCGGCGGACACCCCGGGGCGGACGCCCCCCACGCCUGGCGAGCAGCUCCGGCGCGGCACACGGCGAGCCCGGGCAGCCGCCCCGAGGGGACGGGCCUGAUCCGGACCGUCGGGUCAGGCCCCGUUUUUCCCCCUCCACGAGCCGAGGGCUGGGUGCCGCAGGCGCCGCUCCUCCUUCCCGACCCCGUCUGCCCCGCCGGGGCCGUCCCCGCGCCCCCCGCACUGCAGCCCGCUCCCGGCCCCGCCAGGGAGCCCCCGGAGCGCGUCAGCUAG